AUGACAUCGUUGACGCAAACAACUCCCUCCAUUGCAGAACACUUGGAAAUCUUACCUAUAAAACGAAACAUAAAACUUCCCUCGAUCCGACGUCUGUUCCCACAUAGCGUGGAAUGGAAGAAACGCAACAAAAGCUUAUCCCGGAAAACGUCGGCAAUACUAAAAGAAAACAAAAGAAUAUUCGAAAACAACCUAAUUACCAAUCUCUCCGCACACACAUUGUCUCCAGAAGAAACGGAAAUCCUCUCUCGGGGUCUCUCCUUUGUGCCUACACCAACAAAAUACUCCUCCCCAUCUGAAACGGGAUCUUUAAUAAAUUUUACUACUACUAUGAAAAGACAAAUAUUUUUCGCAAGCGAGGGCCCUGAAAAUACGAAAGUUGAGCCUCACCCCUUCCACGUCCGAACAAAUUGGCAACCACCUACACCUGAUAACAAGGACUUGCUCGAAUAUUUUGAAAAAAUCACAAACGACAUAAAUUUAAUUAAUUCUCCAACUCCCGGGAAACAUAAUAUAAAUCACCAACACAGAAGAGCUCUUGUCAAUCUUGCAAGAAACCCAAACAUCACCAUAAAACCAGCAGACAAAGGUGGGGGGAUCUGCAUUCUUAACACUACCGAAUACAUAGACAAAGUCCACUUGCACCUUAAUGAUAGAAACACGUACAUACAAAUGCCAAAUGACCUAACCAAUGACAUUAGCAAAGAGGUAAAAGAUUAUGUCGAUUUCCUUUUUGUUAAACAAUACAUUGACAAAACGACUAGACGAUUUCUAACUCCCCCUAAUCCACCGCGCACAUCACUAUUUUACGGACUACCUAAAAUACAUAAACCUGAGAUCCCACUAAGACCGAUUGUUUCGGGUUGCGACAGCGCCACAGACAACCUAUCAAAAUACGUAACACAUUUCAUCCAACCUUUGGUCACGAAACUACCGUCCUACAUUAAAGACACAAAACACUUUCUCAGAGGAUUGCGGGAGCUCCCACCUAUGCCCGAAAAUGCUUUUCUUGUAACAGCAGACGUUGCGGCUCUAUACACAAACAUCCCCCAUGAUGAAGGAAUUAAAGCAGUACUCGAUUUUAUAAAACAAUUUAGAAAUGAAAUGCCUAAAUAUACCCCACCAAAUCAUGUCUUUCACACGCUGCUGCAUCUCAUUCUUAAAAACAGUUUUUUCAAAUUUAUGACAUCAUUUUAUCACCAAAUUAAAGGAACGUCCAUGGGUACAAGAAUGGCCCCACCUUACGCAAAUCUAUUUAUGGCAGUACUUGAAGGCCUAAUCAUAGCUGAUUUUCCCGGUUUUAUUGAAUUCUGGAAGCGCUUUAUAGAUGACAUUUUUUUCAUAUUUACGGGAACUGAACUACAAUUAAAAAAAUUAUUCACACACAUGAACAAAAUUCACCCUUCCAUAAAAUUUACUUUUGAGUAUUCAAAAUCAGAUAUUCCCUUUCUUGACACACGCAUAUAUAUUGACCAGUCUCGCAAAUUACAAACAACCCUAUUCCGCAAACCUACUGAUAGAAUGAUGCUUUUACACUACUCCUCUGAACACCCUCAUCAUGUUAAGGCUAGCAUCGUAUAUACCCAGGCAUUGAGAUAUUGCACAAUCAUAUCCAAUGACCAAAAUUUAGAAAAGGAAUUAUAUACUCUUGCACGCACAUUCCUGGCUAGAGGAUACCCCCUAAAUCUCUUAAUUGAUAAAUUUUCAAAGGCUCUGAAUUUUUUGAGAAAUGAACUCCUUGAACCCGUCAUGCACACACACGUAGAAGAAAUCACACCACUCAUAACUCCAUUUUCCCCUGUUGGUAUGGCGCAAAGUAGAAUUAUUCACAAACAUUGGUCAGUUAUCGAAAAAAAUGAGACUUUAAAAUCGAUCUGGCCGUCCCGCCCCUUAACUGCAUACACACGGGGCAAAAGCCUAAGAGACACUUUGGUUAAAUCGGCUCAAAAACCUUUGUAA